UAAUAAUUUUCUCUAGUUUUAUAGUAUGGAACGGAAAACAAGAGUUGCUUUAUUGCUUUGACGGUCUUUAUUUUAUACAUGCAACACUUUUAAUUAUUCGGAGGAUGUAUAUUUGCAUGAAAUGCAAGAAUUGUUCCAUCGUAUGGGAUUCAUACCGAGAGCUUUAAAUAAGAGAUAAUUUACGUUGUGCUAUACUAAGUAAACAGGAUAACGAUAGAAAUGUUUCCUAGUGUCCAAAAGAAGGAUUAUAGAAUCCUAGACCUAGUACGACAAAGGGAAAUACAUGAUUCAGUGACACAUACAAUUUUACAAAAGCUAUAUGUUACCGAGAGUUUAAUAUCACGCCUGGGUUUAGAGAAGGAGUUGUAUGGUCACUCGGGAUGUGUUAAUUGUUUAGAAUGGAAUGAAACUGGACAGAUUCUUGCAUCUGCAUCCGAUGAUAAGGAUAUCAUAUUGUGGAACCCUUUCCGUUAUGAAAAAAUAUUGGUACUUCAUUCAGGCCAUCAUGCAAAUAUAUUUUCCGUAAAGUUUAUGUCAAAAUCAAAUGACAAUAUACUGGUGUCAGGUGCAGGGGACUGCAGGAUUCGAAUACACGAUCUCACGUUCUCCAAACCGAUAUUCACAUGCAAAUGUCAUAAGCAACGCAUUAAGCGUAUCGCCACUGUGCCCAGUAUACCCUUUUUGUUCUGGAGCGCGGGCGAGGACGGUCUGUUUUUGCAAUACGACACACGUGCACCGCAUGUUUGUAGGAGCAACAACCAUAAUGUACUUGUUAAUCUCGUGUAUCAUAUGGGUCGCUACGCGGAGGGUAAAUGCAUCGCUGUAAAUCCGAGGAAGCCCGAGCUGAUAGCUAUCGGCGCCAAUGACGCUUACAUCCGGAUGUACGAUCGACGAAUGAUCAAAUUGUCGCAGGUUCCUCCAUCGCCGUCUAUACACGACAACGUGGACUGGGCAAGUAUCAACACAUAUCGGGCGGGCAAGGGUGACCCGGAUGAGAAUAUUCCUCUGGGUAGCGCGCAAUACUUUAUCGCGGGCCACCUGCGUUCUCGCGACGGUAACAGAAGCAUCACGGCUACCUACCUGACGUUCAGCGAUGAUGGAAAUGAAUUACUCGUCAAUAUGGGUGGAGAACAAAUUUAUUUGUUUGACAUCAACGACUCGAACAAUUCGAAAAUAUUUUCCAGCUGUUUGUCGAGAAAACAUUCAGGAUCAAUUGAGCAAGACUUUGGAAAAUAUUGCUUAGAAUCAUACGAUAGCUUGGAAGAUUUCACCGAGAAGAAUAUAAAAGUACUAUCACCGCAUGUUGAAGAAUUAAAACGCAAAGCAAAUGAGAAUUUUGAACAGAAGAAAUAUUCAUUAGCAAUCAAUUUGUAUAAUAAAGCAAUAUCGUACUGUCCAACAGCGGCAGUGCUAUAUGCUAAUCGAGCAGCUGCUUACAUGAAACGUGCUUGGGACGGUGAUAUUUAUGCUGCUUUGCGAGAUUGUAAAAUGACGUUGCUUCUUGACCCGGAACAUGUAAAAGCUCACUUUAGAUUGGCGCGAUGCCUGUUUGACUUAAAUCGAUCGAUCGAAGCUAACGGUGUGCUCAAGAGUUUUCAACAAAAGUUUCCAGAGUAUACGUCUAAUUCUGCUUAUAAAGCAUUGAAAAUGGAUAUAAAAGAAGCUAUCAAUAACGGAAAAGACAUUACGCAAAGUAAUCGUUCAUUUUUCCCGAUAUCGGAAUAUGAGCAAGAAUGGAGAAACAAUACGAUAGAUUACAAAAUGAGAUUCUGUGGUCAUUGUAAUACUACAACCGACAUAAAGGAGGCAAAUUUUUUUGGGAAUAAUAGCCAAUAUAUAGUGGCUGGCUCAGAUGAUGGUUCCUUUUUUAUUUGGGAUCGUAAUACUACCAAUAUCGUACGUGUUCUGCGAGGAGAUGAAAGAAUUGUUAAUUGCUUGCAACCACAUCCAUCCACGUGCUUAUUAGCUACCAGCGGCAUUGAUCCAGUAAUUAGGUUGUGGAGUCCAUUGCCGGAGGAUGGCAGUGUAAAUGAAAGAGAAAUUCAAAAUUUGGAUGAUGCUGCAUCGGCUAAUCAAAUACGUAUGAACAGUGAUCCGUUCGAAUUGAUGCUGAUGAAUAUGGGAUAUAGAUUUCCCAUCUCUCAGAACGAAUUCAGCGACGAGGAUGGUGAAGAUCAGCGUGAACCGAUAACGCAAGCUCUAAAUUGUAGGCCGAGCUAAAUAUCGCAAGAACGUUCACACAUUAAAGUUGAUUAGAUACUUGAAGGUUUAUCAAUAUGUGUAUUGUAAUCUAUCACACUACUGUUUAUUUUCUCACCAAUGUGUUUCGAAACACUUUAAUUGUAUAGUAAGAUUUUUAAUAUCAAAACUAUGUAAAAUAUUUUAUUAUUUGCUAAAUUAUUGUGUGUAGAUGCAUCGUUACGAAAUACGAAAGAUUUCAACAAGAAAUAUAUUUCAAGCCUUAUAUACACGACAUAGCUAAUAUAUAUGUUAUAUCUAUUUAUAUAAAAAAAAACAGAUUUGCCUUUAGCUUUUCUUAAUUAAAUGUAAAUAUAUGAAGCCCGUUAAAAAAAAUUUUGCAGACCAAAAGUGAGACAAUGUGUUUAUUUUAUUCAUUAAAGUAAUACUUCUAAAGUCUUUAAUCAAUAAUAUUUUUUUAAGUUGUUUUAAAGUUAAGUUGACUUGUAGUAUAUUUUUUCAAUACAGGAUACAAAAUUUUCUUUGUUUACACAAUUAAUGUGUAAGUAGAUUUUCAGUAGAUUUUCUUUUUCGAAACUUGAGUAUAUUUGCUGCUUAGAGAGCUAUUGUUAUUAUAAAUUUAUAAAAAUGAUCAUGCACCAUUAUGUUUUUUUAUCAAACAAUUGCGUAUUUUCGAUUAAUGUAUCGUACGAUAAAAAUAAACUUUAAUUAUCGG